AUGGAGGGAGCUGCUGCGGCUGCGGUGGCGGCGGCGGCUGCUGCUGUUGUUGUGGUUGCGGCGGCUGCUGCUGCGGCUGCCGCUGCUGCUGCUGCUGCUGCUGCUGCCGGUGCUGCUAAUGCUCCAGCAGGUCCAACUGCCGCAACUCCUGCCGCUCCCGCUCCAACCGCUCCUGCUCCUCGCGUGCACGCCGGCAGGCCGCCUAGUAACGCGUGUCGUGGCGGUGGGGAGGCGGAGUGCUCUCCGCAGACUUAG